CAAUUUCCUGCGCUGCGAAGACCGGCCCGUGGUCUUCACGCACCUGCUGGCCUCGGGCCCCGAGCCCCCGCGUCUCUCCUACUGCGGCGGCGGGGAGGCCCUGACCGUGCCCUUCGAGCCGGCGCGUCUGCUGCCCCUGGCCGCCAAUGGGCGCCUCUACCACCCGGCGCCGGAGCGUGCGGGCGGCGUGGGCCUGGUGCGCUCAGCCCUGGCCUUCGAGCUUAGCGCCUGCUUCGAGUAUCCGCCCGGCGCGUCCGCGCUGCCCUCACACGUGCGCUGGCAAGGCCGCCGCCUCGCCCUCACCAUGGACCUGGCCCCGCUGCUGCUCGCCACCCCGCCGCCCUGAGCCGCCCGCCGGACCGCGGGCGGUCGCAGGAGCCCCUGGCCCCGCCCCCUCACGCGGCCCCGCCCCCCCUCGCGGGUCCCGGCCGCGCAUCGCUGCGCACGCGCACCCGAAGAGCGCGCCGGCCGAAUGCGCGUGCGCGGCAGAGGUGCACCGCGGCCCGGGCCCGCUCGGCGCUGUCCGAGGUGCUGCUGCGCCUUCCGGAGCCUCGACCGCGAGGAAGGGCGGGGUCGCGGGCCCGUCUGCUCCCUCCCCACACCUCGGGCCCGGGGCGUCCUUACAUUUGGUUUGGCCCUCGCUCUCGGGGGGAAGCCGGGCCGGAGGCGCGGGGGCUCCAGUGCGCGUGCGCGAGCGGCGCCCGCCCCCUCCCCCGCCCGGCGCUGCUCGGUGGGCCGGGGCGCCGCGGGCUCGGCGGGGGAGCCGCGCCGCGGGAGCGUCAGUGUUAGGGGCAGGCCUGCCGCCCUGUGUUUCAGGAGGCCCAUCACAUCCGGGGUGGACUAUAAGGAAGCCCUUCAAGAGGCUGCAGCUUCGUGGCCCGCGGUCGGUCCCGCGGGAGAUGGCCACGGGGGCGCCCAUACUGCUGCUGCUAUGGCUGCUGUGGUUCCCUGACCUCCCGCCCGGCGCUGCUGGCUGCCCGGCCGCCUGCCGCUGCUACAGCGCCACGGUGGAGUGCGGCGCCCUGCGGCUCCGCGUCGUCCCGCCCGGAAUUCCACCCGGGACGCAGACGCUGUUCCUGCAGGACAACAGCAUCGCGCGCCUGGAACCGGGCGUACUGGCACCUCUCGCAGCCCUGCGCCGACUCUACCUGCACAAUAACAGCCUGCGCGCCCUGGAGCCCGGCGCCUUCCGCGCGCAGCCACGCCUGCUCGAGCUCGCGCUCACCGGCAACCGGCUGCGCGGCCUGCGCGUCGGCGCUUUCGCCGGCCUGGGCCAGCUGCGCGCGCUCUACCUGGCGGGCAACCAGCUGGUGCAGCUGCUGGAUUUCACCUUCCUGCACCUCCCGCGACUGCAGGAGCUGCACCUGCAGGAAAACAGCAUCGAGCUGCUGGAGGACCAGGCCCUGGCGGGGCUCUCCUCACUGGCACUGCUGGACCUCAGCAGGAAUCAGCUGGGCACCAUCAGCCGUGAGGCCCUACAGCCCCUGGCCAGCCUGCAAGUCCUUCGCCUCACAGAGAACCCAUGGCGCUGCGACUGCGCCCUGCACUGGCUGGGAGCCUGGAUCAAGGAGGGGGGCCAGCGGCUGCUCAGCUCCAGGGACAAGAAGAUCACGUGCGCGGAGCCCCCGCGCCUGGCCCUCCAGAGUCUCCUGGACAUAGCCGGCAGCAGCCUCAUCUGCAUCCCGCCCUCCGUGCACGUGGAGCCGCUGGAGGCGACGGCCAGCCUGGGGGAGGACCUGCGCGUGGCCUGCCAGGCUUCCGGCUACCCGCAGCCCCUGGUGACCUGGAGGAAGGUGGCCCAGCCCCGCGAAGGGCAGCCGCGGGCUCAGGUGCGGCCAGAAGGCGGGGCGCCGCGCGCAGGCGGGCCCGGCGCCCCCGACACGGGCAGCGGCAUGCUCUUCCUCAGCAACAUCACCCUGGCGCACGCCGGCAAGUACGAGUGCGAGGCCUCCAACGCCGGCGGCGCCGCCCGCGUGCCCUUCCGGCUGCUGGUCAACCUGUCGCAGCAGCAGCCGCGGCCGCGCGCGCCCCCGCCGCUCCCGCCCGCCGGCCCCGCCGGCCACGAGCCCCUGCAGGAGGCGGGCAGCAUGGCCUUCCGCGCGCUGGGCCUGGCCACGCAGACGGCCGUCGCCGCGGCCAUCGCGCUGCUGGCGCUCACGGCGCUGCUGCUGGCCGCCCUGAUCUGCCGCCGGCGGCGCAGGCGGAAAAAGGCGCCGGGGCCGCCGGGCGAGGGCGCGCUGUUCGUCAACGACUACUCGGACGGGCCCUGCAGCUUCGCGCAGCUCGAGGAGCUCCGCGGCGAGCGAGGCCACGAGAUGUUCGUCAUCGACCGCUCCAAGCCGCUCUUCGCCGAGGGCCCGACGGAGGCGGCGGACGGCGCGGCCACGGGGCCGGGGCCGGGGCCGGGGCUGCCGCUGCAGCCGCCCGCCGCCUACGAGAUUCACUGCUGAGCCGGGCCGAGGGGGCGGGCGCGAGCUGAUGACGUGGGCCGCGCGGGUUGGCCGGCUCCGGGCUCGCCGCGCGCAGGCGCAGUCAGUAAAGGCUGGAAGCUGCGCAGUG